AUGAUCAUCUCACUGACGGCAGCCCUCGCCGUCUCCUUCCUCCUCUACGUCUGCAUAUUCGGCGGAUCCUCGACCGGCUUCAUCGGCAAGCUCCACCGCCUGCUAGUGCGCUGCGAGUGCUUUGGGCUCUGCUUUGGCCGCCGAUGCGCCCACUUCCUCUCCCGAUCCGAGGAGGUGUGCUGCGGCCGCCCGAACCCGCUGCUGCAACUCUUCUACCUCUCCCUCGUCCUCGGCGGCUUCUACCUCUUUCUCCUCUCGACGCGGCAAUACAUGGACAACCCUCGCCUCGCCCAUUACCACUCCUACGCGCCGUACCCAGCCGUCGGCGUCGCCAUCGCCACCUUUGUGGCGGCGAGCUUCAGCGACCCUGGCACCAUCACGCCCGCCAACCUCCACCGCUUCUCUCGCGAGCCCUUUGACGGCGUCCUCUACCGCCCGAAGAUGCACUGCUCCAUCUGCAACAAGUGCGUCUCCCGCUUCGACCACCACUGCCCGUGGAUCAACACCUGCGUCGGCGAGAGAAACUACCGCUGGCCGACCGAGCCUCCUCCUCCUCUAGGCCAGCACCAGGCCGUCACCCGGUCCCAGGCCUUUCAGUACCUGAUGCUCCACCACCAGAUGGUGAUCGCCGUCGGCGCUUUCUGCCUCGUCAUCGCCGUUGCCCUGCUCGGCUUCUGGGGCUACCACUUGUGGCUCGUCCGGUGCGGCACCACCACAAACGAGUCCUUCAAGUACAACCUCGGCUUCGUGCAGAACGUCGCUUGCGUGGUCUGCCCGCUCUCCUCGCGCCCCGCGGACGGGUUUGCGCCCGCGAGGGAGGCGGGAGGCGCCCUCACCACUCUCGUCAACUCGGCCGAGCCGGCGCACGGGCCGGCGGCCGGGAUUGACGACCGUUCGCUCGACGACUCGGACGAGGAGCUCGUGGAGCCGGCCGCGCUGCACGAAGACUAG